GGCGCACGUAACGAGGCGGAGCGCCUCUUAGCAUCGAGUAGAUUCCGCACGGUUAUAUAAUGAACCGAGAAUGAACGGCUCUGUUCGUCAAGGAGAGACAAACGAAAGAUACGAGAGAACCGCGAAUGUCAUCUGUUCGUCGGCCGAACAUCGCCCAUCUCUGAUUGCAUGUCAACGUACGCGCGCAUGCACCCACCGGUCAGUGGACAUGACAGGUGGUGUUCGUCUGCUUCUGAUCGGCGAUUCUAAUCGAUGUCUAAUCGAAGGGACAUCGCCACGGUGAUUUAGACGAGAAUGAGCAGCCGGACCGCCGCAGUUCCCUCCCGCGAGGAAUAAAAGCGAGCACGAUUUUCCUCAGACGUCCCUGCCUCGGAGAGCGAGAACUAUGAACGCCCGGGAGGCGGAGGUGGACAAUCUUAAGCAGCAGGGAAAUGCCUGCGUGAAAGAGCAGAAGUAUGAGAAGGCGAUGUUUCAUUACACACAUGCGAUCAAGCUGGAUCCACAGAACUAUUCCCUCUACAGCAACAGAUCCUUUGCUUUCUUAAUGAUGAGACAGUACCACUAUGCCAUGGAGGAUGCCCUGAUGACUAUUCAGUUGAAGCCUGACUGGUCUAAGGGCUACUUUAGGAAAGGCGAGGUUGAACUGAGAACAUUCCGCUUCAACGAUGCACUUCAGUCUUACAACAAAGCCCUCUCCCUGCAGCCAAGCGAAUCUAGGAUCCUAGAGGCUAUGAACAAAGCGUCCAAAUCACUGAUUAAAGACAAAAGAGCUGACCAGCAGAUCCCGUGGCUUGGAGCCGGCGUCGGUAUUAUCCUGGGAGUCAUAGUUGUGAUCGCCGAUUACGUCUUCACAAACAAGCCCACUCUAACGCAUCCUUUGCUAAUGGCGCUACUGACGAUGUCCAUAUCCAUGCUCGGCUUUGGCAUCGCGAAAGGGUUUCGCUACUUCGUGAAAUGCCAAAGAAGGAACCUACUGGAGCCGCCCGUCGAUCUUUUCCCCGAGGAGAAGGAGGACUACGAGAAUAUCGACACGGAGAGAAGCAACGAGAAGGAGAAGCACCCCAAGUAUAGCAAGGCCCAAGCGAGGCAGCGAUUCCGCAAAGGGAAAUCGUAGUGCAUCUCGAUGAUCUGUCGGUGCGCGUGCUCGAGCACGUCGGAUCGGGAGAUUCAGUAAGCGUUUCGUCAGCCAGGUGCAUAAAAAUAACACGUGACGAACGUCUGGCUGUGAAUCGCGUCAUUGUCUCUCAUCGAACGUUACUACUGUUAUCUCUCUCUCUCUCUCUCUCUUCCUUCCAGAAAGAGCCUCUAAAUACUCCCUCCGUCACUUCGCAUAUAGUACACGUUGCAUUCGAUUAUCGCGGAGGAGCAGAAAAGUCUCCUUGAGACGAAUAUUCGUCUCUGGAUAAAAUUCGAUCGAAGGCUCGCAUCGAAUCGAUCGGAGGAUCGACGGGACAUUGACGAUGGCACAUGACACUUGGCGAGAAAACGAUCCACGAAGAAGAUGGGAACACUUUAAAGCUGGAAGCUUCGCGCUUUCGAAAGCUUCGUUGAGCUUCCCCCAUGAAGUGGCGCGAAAAAUUGGCAAAAAAGAGCUUGCAGGGAGAACCUUUCUUUUUUCUUGUUAAUUUUUUCUUUAACUCGAUCUUAAUCGGCUCGAGGCAGUUUGAGAGCUUCAAGCCUCCUCCUCUCGAAAAUGAAUUCUCUUCGCGAAUGAAAUUACGAUCUUUUUUCAGCGAGUUAACGCGGCCUUUAAAACAAGCGAGUAAAAUCGCCGCCAAUGGAAAUUCACAGCGUGCCGUCUUGGUUCUCGCGGAGAUUGCAAGAUUUCCAGAUUCGAUGAGCGAGCCAGUAACAGCAAUCGCGCGUCGUCGAAACUCUCGAAGCGAGAAACGCAAGCUCGUUAACAAUCGCGUACACGCGGCGGAUAGAAAGUUCGAUUAUCGCGCGAGUCACGAGUACAGUGUGCGAAGAUAUUUUUUUCCUAAGAUUAUCCGCAGGUUCAGCGGGAUUAGCAGGAAUAUCGUGUUUGACACUCGCAUUCCUUACGACUCACUUGAUAGAUAAAACCCGGCGAGAAACGUCGUCUUUAAAGAUUCGCACUCGUCCUUGUGAUUCUCAUACAACGAAGUACACGCUCGUGUGUCGGGUUUAGCAUUUAAGAAAUAAAAUGACGCACUUUCUCUACACCUUUUUGCACUGUACGCGGUAUAUAGGUAUAUCGAAGGUGCGCCUAGCGCAUCGCGCCGUAGGAUCUCGAUUAAAAUAUUAAUGUAUUGAAUCAAGUCUUCGAUAUCGCGGGAGGCUUUCGUCCCGUCCCCGUCGAGCUCUCGCGGGAACUAAGACUCUACUCUUAUUACUAUAGUUUGUGAGUUGACAGUUUAUCGAUUACUUAUUCACGAUUCGAAUAUACCGAUUAUUAAUCGCCACACACACACACACACACACACACACACACACACACACAAACACAUACAUACACACACACUCGUAUCCCCGCCAACUGUGAAUCGCGCGAGCUCCGCUCGCGACGUCGCAUGAUUAUUCAAUAAAGAGGAAAUUAACAAGUCAAA